GUGUGAUGGUAUCGAAGUAAAUCCGGACUAACAGCAUGGAUUUUAAGUGUAGUCACCUGGACGUUAGUUUCUAGGAGAAAAUUUAUAAACAGAGCUACAUCCAAAAUGUCGACCGAAAAAGUUCGUGUGGCUGUGAGGGUCAGGCCAAUGAACAGGCGAGAAAUUGAUAUGUCAACCAAAGUGGUGGUGGAUAUGGAAGAUAACCAAACCAUACUUUAUCAUCCAAGCAGCCCAGCAGAUGGCAGUGUUGACAGGAAAGCUAGUAGAAAACAACCUAAGUCUUUUGCAUUUGACAACUCAUUCUGGUCAAUGGAUGAAAAGAACCCCAAGUUUGCAGGUCAGGAGCAUGUCUUUAAUAGUGUUGGCAAAGAUUUACUGGAGAAGGCAUUUGAAGGUUACAAUGGAUGCAUCUUCGCAUAUGGACAGACAGGCUCUGGUAAAUCCUUCACUAUGAUGGGCAGCAUGCAGAGUGAAGGAAAGGGAAUCAUACCCCGCCUCUGUGAUCUCAUGUUUGACCGCAUUGCCAAGCUACGCAGUGAAGACACCAGCUUUAAAGUAGAGGUCUCUUACAUGGAGAUUUAUAAUGAAAAAGUUCAUGAUCUCUUGGACCCUAAAGGAAGUAAGCAGAAUCUAAAAGUUCGAGAACACAAUAUCCUGGGACCUUAUGUGGAUGGCUUGUCUAUGUUAGCUGUUGCAUCAUAUGAGGACAUUGACAAUCUGAUGAAUGAGGGGAACAAGUCUAGAACUGUAGCAGCCACUAACAUGAACAACGAAAGUAGUAGAUCUCAUGCAGUAUUUAACAUAGUGUUGACCCAGACACUGACUGACCUAUCUACUGGGGUUAGUGGUGAGAAGGUGAGCAAGGUUAGCCUGGUAGAUUUGGCAGGCAGUGAGCGUGCCCAGAAAACUGGUGCCGUCGGAGAUCGAUUGAGGGAGGGAAGUAACAUAAAUAAGUCACUGACAACAUUGGGUCUAGUCAUCUCUGCAUUAGCCGACCAAUCAGCUGGCAGCAAGAAGAAGGAUAAGUUUGUUCCAUACCGAGACUCUGUCUUAACAUGGCUACUCAAGGAUAAUCUUGGAGGGAACAGUAAGACAGUGAUGGUGGCUACCAUUUCCCCAGCAGCUGAUAAUUAUGAAGAAACCUUGUCAACUCUGCGGUAUGCUGACCGUGCUAAGAAGAUUGUGAACCAUGCAGUGGUCAAUGAGGAUCCUAAUGCCCGGAUCAUACGAGAUCUCAGGGACGAGGUGGAUAUGCUCAAACAACAGCUCAAUGAAGCUCAGAGCAUGCAGGCUCCAGCACUACAGGAUAGACUUCAGGAAUCAGAGAAACUUAUCAAAGAAAUGACAAAGACCUGGGAGGAGAAACUGGCAGAGAAGGAUAAGAUUAACCAGGAGCGACAUGAAGCAUUAGAGAAGAUGGGUGUGUCAGUGCAAACCUCUGGGAUAAAAGUGGAGAAAGGAAGAUGUUUCCUUGUCAACUUGAAUGCUGAUCCUUCCUUGAAUGAGCUGCUGGUGUAUUAUUUGAAGGACCACACCUUGGUUGGACAACAAGAUGCUAGAGUACAGCAGGAUAUUCAACUGUCAGGGCUGGGAAUCAUGCCUGAACAUUGUGUGGUGGACAUUGAGAAUGGUGAUGUGUGGCUCACACCUGUAGAGAAUGCCAGAACUUGUGUGAAUGGUUCUGUCAUCCACAAAAAGACAAAAGUGAAGAACGGAGACAGAAUACUCUGGGGAAACAACCAUUUCUUUAGAAUUAACUGUCCUAAACAGAACAGCCCUCAGUCUCAGCCUACAGAACUGGACCAAACCAUUGACUAUAAUUUUGCUCAACAAGAGUUGAUAAUGAAUGAAUACUCUAAUGACCCGAUUCAGGAAGCCAUUUGUGAUCUGGAGAAACAGUAUGAGGAAGACAAGCAGGAGGCUUUAGAGAAACAGAGACAGGAAUAUGAACAAAGGAUGCAGAUUCUGAGGAACCAAAUUAUGUCCCCUGGUACCCCCAGUAAUCCCUAUCUCAACUUCAACAGCUUCACUCCCACCGGCACAGGUUCCCAGAAUACACUGCAGAGGAAGUAUCAAAAGUGGGCAGAAAAGAGAAAGAGCAACUUAAAGAACAGUUUACAAGUCCUCAGAGAGGAGGUACUGAAAGCUAAAGCUAUUGUGAGGGAAGCCAAUGUUCUGUCACAAGAAAUGGGCAAAAGAACCGAAUUCCAGGUCACACUACAGAUUCCAGCCAGUAGUCUUAGUCCAAAUCGCAGGAAAGGGAAUGGUUUUGUCAGUGAGCCAGCCAUUUUAGUGAAGAGAAAGAACCGGCCUAAUCAAAUCUGGUUGAUGGAGAAAUUAGAGAAUAAGAUUAUAGACAUGAGAGAGAUGUACGAGGAGAGGAAGUCCUCGGGCCAGCCCCUGAUGGUAGAGGACACUGAUACUUGGGAUGAUGGUCCCAUGGUGAAGGGUGACCCAUUUUAUGAGUCCCAGGAGAAUCAUAAUUUGAUUGGUGUAGCCAAUAUCUUCCUGGAAUGUCUGUUCCAUGAUGUUUCUUUAGAUUAUCAUGUGCCAAUCAUUAGCCAACAAGGGGAGAUUGCUGGAAAGCUGCACAUCCAGAUCUCUAAGCUAGGUGGCUCUUGUCUUGAACGUUAUGGUGAUACAACGAGUGAGGAUAAUGAAGUAGCUGAUCCUGCUAUGGCAGCAGGGGGACCUAUGAUUGUCAGGCUGAACAUUCUAUCAGCUAAGGGCCUGCCUUCAUCCAUGUCUAACUUUGUUUUCUGUCAAUACACUUUCUGGGGCCAGGAGGAGUCAGUGGUUGUCCCUCCUCAGAUUAACCCUGACAUGAUGGAACGCCAGAAUUCCACAGGGGACACGGUCUCGGUCAAAUUCCAGCACCGAAAGGAUUUCAAAAUCAACAUAACAGAAGAGUUUGUGGAGAACUGUCAGGACGGAGCAUUGUCAGUAGAAGUUUGGGGUCAUAGGGUCACAUCCACUGGCAAUACAGAGACAGACAUAGCUAAAACAGUCAAAGCCAAAACUCGUUCUCUCACUGAAAGAUGGAAUGAGGUGAUGAGGAAACUGGAAUUGUGGAUAGAAAUUGAAGAGCUAAAUUAUCAGGGGGAGUGGUCUUCUGUCGAGGUCCAAUCAAAACCUGGCGUUCUCUCAGCAGGGGUAUUUCAGCUACAACAGGGUCACUCCAGAAGAGUGAAGGUCGGAGUGAGGACAGUAACAGAAUCGGGAACCCUUCCUUUGAUACCAGAGACCAUAACUUCUAUAUCUGUAGGAGGAAUUACCAAUCGGAGCAAGCUACAGAAAAGUCUGGACAGUUACCAGGAGGAUGAUCUGACCAUACUCCGAGACAAGUGGUCAGAGGCACUGGCCAAGCGAACAAAGUACUUAAAUGAACAAAUACAGAGUCUCAUCAACAAACAAGACAAAACAGAGGCUGACUCUGAUCGUGAGCGGGCUCUCUUGGACCAGUGGGUGUGUCUGACAGAGGAAAGAAAUGCUGUCAUGGUCCCUGCCCCAGGGAGUGGUAUUCCUGGGGCACCUGCUGAGGGAGAGACAGCCCCCAACAUGGAGAGGCAUACACCUGUCCUGUUUCUCGAUCUUAAUGCUGAUGACAUGAGCACAUCCCGUGCCAGAGAGGGUUAUCUUGCUGCUGGGGUAAAUUCUAUCCUACCUAAAGAGCAUGCAGGGUCCUUUGUCAACCUUCCCAUUACAAAAGCUGAAAUGGACAGUGGUUAUAUUUAUGCUGUUGCAUCUUGGGAUUCUACUGUCCAUGAUUCAGAGUUACUGAACCGUGUUACUUCAUCCAAUGAUCGGAUUUAUCUGAUCCUGAAAGUAGUUGUACGACUUAGUCACCCAGCUUACAUGGAACUGGUUCUCAGAAAGAGGAUUUGUAUCAACAUCUACAACAGUCUUAGCUUCACCAGUCUGACAGGGAAACUAAGACAGAAAAUCACAGGCACUGAAAAGUUUUUUGAGAGUGGUGUAACCUACAGCGUGGUUUCCAAUAUUCCAAAAGCUUCUGAAGAUUUAGAGAAUAUGGAAACCUUAGCCCAAAUGGCAGCCUCUCAAAAUGACAUGAACACAGCUGAUGGAGAGUCCUACAUAGAGAAGUACCUGAAAGGUGUGCAGGGUGUGGAGAGUAUUCUAAUGGUGGACAGACUUCGACAGGAAGUUGCUGUUAAAGAAUUAUCCUCUCAAAAGUCACGAUCUCUUACAAAGACCUACAGUGUUCCAAACAUACAUCAGAGUGUGAUGUCACCAUUGCAGGAUAGACAGCAGAAUCUUCGAGCUGACAGUAUACAGGAUUUGUCACAUGACCAGAGUUUGUCUCCUGGUCGAUUUGGAUCUCCAGCUCUGGCGAAGUCUGCCUUGAGCCCCCAUGGAGUGAAGGCUGUAAAACCUUUAAAUACACUUCAGGAGGAGCAGAACCGCAGAGAAAAGAAACCUCUACUGAGAGGGGACACGGACGAGGAGUUGGAGGAUGAAGAGAUAGUGAACAAUACACAGUCUUCAAAAAUUGAUACAGAUCCUAACAGUGUAGCCUCAGAUGACUUCCAGGAGUUUGAGUCUUACCAUCCCAUGGAAGAGAGCCAGAAAACAGUGACCUCAGAUGGGAUAGCACACUCCUGUACCAGUGACAGCCUAGCUGAUGUACAGUGUAAAAAUUUCACUCCAAGUCUUGUUUCCAGUGGUUAUGGGUCGCAAGCUGUUUCCAUGUUAACUUUGUCAUCUGAGGAUUCACUCAGUAUCAAAAGUAUAGAAGACAAUUUAGAAUCAAACAAAGAAUUGAAAAGAGGACAUAAAGGAAGUCCAGAACAAACGAGUAGUGACUCAGAUAAUGAUGAGAACAAAGAUGUUCCAAUUAAACUCACCAGUAGUGAUUUUGAGACAGAGGGAGGUCAGAAGGAGGCUAUGACCUCAAUUUCUGAAAGCAAUAUUCAUUUAACAGAAAAUAAAGCUGAUGAUGGUGACGAGCUGAAUAAGUCAAGUGUGGAUUCUAAUUGUUCAUUAGAUACUUCAAGUUCAUCUUUAGAGGCAAGAGAUGGAAGUUUAGUAGAAAAACCUGAUCCUAAUGACAGUAAUGUUCAUUCUACAAGUUGUGAUACAUCUUUAUGUGAAUUAAGUAGUGAUGUUGCAAUAUCAGACAUUAAAGUGGAGUCGUCAGUAAUUUCUCAAUCUGAAAGAUUAAAACGAUCAAAAGAGGAGAGGAAAAAAAUUGUUGAAAGUCUUGGUGCUAUAAGUAAAGACACUACAACAAGAAAAGUGAAUAAAGAAAACAGGAAUAAGUUGGAGGGUAUAUCACAAAGGGCCAGUGCAAUAAGUGAGUUUGUGGAUCCAUACAGUGAAACAGCCAUGGAGGAGCUGGAAAAGCUAGGAGUUGAAGAGGACGAGUCCUUAGAAGAAUGUCCAGAGAAAGCGCUUCCAGAAAGGACUAUGGAGCCACAUAUAUUAGAAACAACUGGGAAACGUCAUUCAGGAAAACGGAGCCAGCAGCGCCCUGUGUCAUGUAUAGUGUCCCCCUCACAAGACAUGGUGUCUAUUUUGGAAGAGAGCAUGAAGAGGAACAGUCUUACUCUCCACCUGUCUGAUGAUGAAAUGUCUGGUAAUGAUGACUCAGUGAGUGUGUGUUCAUUUGGAAGUAGAGCAGACCUAGACAGAUUACAGGAAAUUCCAGUACCCUCCUGGGUUCAAAAUGGAGAGAGUGUCAUAGUUCAGUCGUCAAAAGGGUCCUCUAAUACUGGAGUGGUCAGAUUUGUAGGAAAUGUGGAGUUCGCAACAGGCCCAUGGGUGGGAGUGGAACUUGAUUUACCAGAAGGUAAAAAUGAUGGCUCCGUUAAAGGCACCAGAUAUUUCAAGUGCAGGUCACGUCAUGGAAUUUUCGUGCGUCAUGAUAAACUUAUUUUAGACAAGAAAAGAAGAGGGUCACGCAAGCAAGCCAAGGAUUUGGCCAUGAGACACAGUAUAGGGAGUCCAGCUAAUUUGGGAGCCAGUCCAUACACAAGUUUGCCUGGCAACCAGUCCUCUAGUCCAAACAGUACAUUACUGAAAAGCAGUGCAAAAAAAAAAUUAUAAUGUUAAAUACCAGGAAUGAGACUGAUGUAAUGAAACUCAUGCUGUUGCACUCCUUGAAAUUUCAUAUUUCACAAGUAAUCAAUUUUUCCAUAAUUAUGGUAAUUUGUUCAUGUACAGUUUAUAACAGACUUGUAUGGCUUUAUUCUUGUAUCUCUGUCAGACUCUGUGUAAAUUAGCUGAUAUAUUCAAGUUAAAUGAAAGUUGAAUAUUUUAUUUAUAACCACUCAAAAAUGCAGAAAUAAUGUUGUUUUGUUGGUAUUUGUUACAUGAAUACAGAGCACUCUGACCAUCUCUUGUGUAAUAUGUGUAUAUAAUGGCAUGAUUUGAUGAUUUUAUAUGUACAUUUUUGCUGAUUAUUGUUGAAUGCUAUAUCAUUGUUACAGCUACAUGUAGGUAACAUUGACAAUUAAAGCUUUCAGUAUUAUAGUUAUUAACUAAAGUGAUAUUUCCCAAAAAGUUGGAGGAGAAACUCCACAUAAAUGUGUUGUGCUAGAUUUUAGAAGGUUUUGUGAGAUUUAUUUUAAUGCUUCCACAACUUAACAAAGAGAGGCUUCAGAAUUUUAGAAAAGUCCAUAGUUAUGGAUCUUUGAAAUGUAAAAAAGGUCUUCCAGCAGAAAUUGUUGGCAGUGAAACAUUGACAUGCAUUGGUGAGAACUUAGAAAAAUAUCGAAGAAGUGCUUGUAUACUAAUGAUGUAUUGAGAGAGGACAAAUUUUGUGACAUAAUAAUUCUUGUACUUUAUAUUGAGUCAAUGAUUUUCAGCUCACCUGAGCCAAAGCCUUAAGUGAGCUAUUCUGAUAAUUGUCCAUUGUCUGUUGUCUUAAACUUUUCACAUUUUCUACUUUUUCUCAAGAAUCACUUGGCCAAUUUCAACCAAACUUGCCUCAAAGCAUCCUUGGGUAAAUGGGUUCAAGUUUGUUCCAAUGAAAGGCCAUGCCCUCCUUUAAAGGAGAUAACUAAGAAUUAGUGUAAAUUUAAUGGCAUCUUUCAAAAGUCUCAAGAACUAUUGGACCAGAAAUAUGAAACCUAUAUGAAAUUUCAUUACAUAGUGUAGAUUCAGUUUUGUUCAAAUCAUGACCUCCAGGGGUAGGGUGGUGUCAAAAUAGGUGAUCAAUGUUUGAGCUAGCAAUGUAAAGGAAAAAUCAUUAAAAAUCUCAACAAGAACAGCAAAGUCUGGAUUAUAGUCUUAUUAUCAAGGAAGCAUCCACAAGAACUUAAGAUUCAGUUUUGUUCAAAUCAUGACCCCAGGGGUUGGGUGAGGUCAAAAUAGGCAAUCAAUGUUUUAAGUAGCAAUAUUUAGGAAAAAUCUUUAAAAAUCUUAUCAGCAAGAACAGCAAAGCCUGGAUUAGUCAUAUUAUUAUGGAAGCAUCUUUAGGUUCUUUAGAUUCAGAUUUGUUCAAAUCAUGAUCUUCAGGGGUAGGGUGGGGCCACAAGGCAAUGACACAUUCAAACAGGAAUAUAUAGGAAAAAAAUCUCAAAAAUGCCAAAGUCCUGAUUCAGUCAUAUUAUGGAAGCACCCUAAGGUACUGUAGAUUCAAAUUUGUUCAAAUCAUGACCCCUGGGGAUAGGAUGGGGCCACAAUAGAAGAUGAAAGUUUUACAAAGGAAUGUUAGGAAACAAUCUUUAAAAAUAUUUUUCUCCCUGAUGAAUCAUAUUCAGUAUGGAAGCAUCCUCAGGUAGUGUGAAUUCUGGUUUGUUCAAAUCCAAAUCACAAGCCCUGGGGGAAGGGUGGAACCAUAAUAGGAAAUCAGAGUUUUGCAAAGGAAGUGUAGGGUUUUUUUUAACUCAACAAUAGCAAAAUCAUGUUUAGUUAUAUUUAUUUGGAAGCAUAUCCUCAGGUAAUGUAGAUACAAUUUUGUUCAAAUCAUGACCCUGGGAGAUAGAUUGGAGAUCAUAGUUUUACAUAGGAAUAUAUUGGGAAUAAAUCUGCUGAUGAAGAAUAGCAGGACCAUAGUGACUCAGGUGAGCAUUGUGGGGCCUCUUCACUAUUUUUUUUAUCAACUGAAAUAAUUUUCAGUUUCUUUUUCAAGAGUCAUGCUUCAUGUUGUAAUUGAUACAAUACAAAUAAAUGCCUUUUAUAUGGCUGUAUUCUCUGAUCAGAGACAGUGUAUCAAGUCUUCAUGAGAUGUUUUUAGACUAGAUGGGAGUGAGUGAUUACUCCUAGGCUAACAUCACAGGUUUCUGAAUCUCUGAAGCAUUUUUGUCUGAAUUAAAAACUGAUGAUUAGUUUAAAGCCAUAUACAAAUGACUGGUGCCAUUUUUUUUUUCUGUAUGAAUGUCAGUGUAAAAGCACUGAAAAAAGAAAUAUACUAAGUAUUGGUAUCGAUAUCGACUGAUCAUUAAUUGAUAUGACAGAACAAAUUUGCGGCAGAUUCAAACUUAAUGUUGUGAAGAAAACACUUGAUGUUUAGUUCUAUACAUUCAUGUACAUAUUGAGAUUUGAAAGCCUGGAUGUGAAGUUUAUUGAUUUGAACGAUGAAUUAAAACCCAAUUUUCAAGUAGGUACCAAACUCUAGAUCUCAAACUCUUGAUGAGGUUUAUUAACUUUUUUCAACAGCUUUUAUACUUUGCUAGCCAAGUUAUUCUAGUUUGAUCCACUCCUCACAAACUUUAAGACUAUUGAUCUAUUAAAAUUCAGAUUUUUUUUUUUUUUGAGAGAGAGGUGAACUCAGUUGAUAUCACUUGAUUACGGUAUAUAGUCACCUAUAAGUCAAUUUUUGGGAAUAAACUUUGGUCCAAAACUCAUUGUCCGACUUAAAGGUGAGUUAUAAAAAGAUUGGUAUUUUAGAGGGUCAAUCCCUCUAAUCUAACCUUAAAAAAUACAACUGACUUAUGGGUGGAACGACUUAUAGGCGAGUAUAUAUAUAUAUAUAUAUAUAUAUAUAUAUAUAUAUAUAUAUAUAUAUAUAUAUAUAUAUAUAUAUAUACGGUAAUCAUUUAGUGUAUAGCAAAGAUAUUCUUAUUGCCAAUAUUUCCGAGAGUUUUCUUGGCCUAUUUCCAGCGAAUGAAAAGAUGUCCUAACAAAUAAUUAUUAGUAUGGUGAUAAUUGUGAAGGGCAGUGGUGUGAACUAAUUUUUAAGUUAAACUGAACAGCUUGUGACUUGGUGAAUACUUGGCAGGUAUAUUAUCCAACGUUUAUAAUCAUAACUUGCUUGUUCCUGAGAAAAAGUUCAACUAUUAUUGUACCAGAUACCACCUCUGAUGUUUAUAGAGGUCCUGUUUUAUUAUUGUACCAGAUACCACCUCUGAUGUUUAUAGAGGUCCUGUUUUAUUAUUGUACCAGAUACCACCUCUGAUGUUUAUAGAGGUCCUGUUUUAUUAUUGUACCAGAUACCACCUCUGAUGUUUAUAGAGGUCCUGUUUUCUCUGCUCACAAUUUGUUUUGUUUCAGCUUGAUUACUGUUUGUUAACUUCAUAUUUUGUGGUAAUCUUUGUGAUUUGAAAUCACUGAAAUAUGAUUAUGUCACAUAUAAUCUGGCCAUUUAACAUGGUUUUAUGAGGAGUGGAUCAGAAACACUUAGCUAGUGAUGAUAUAGUUUCUAUAUCUUCCAGACCAACCUCUGUGUUCAGUUGCUUCCACAGAAUACAUUUUCACCCAUUUAUAGAACUUUUUUUUAAAAAGAUAAACUAAAGUUAAUUGUAUCAGUAGCCUGUUAGCUAAUAUUUGAUUGAUUGGUCACUAAAAUACUCAAUCUUCCACAUGCAUAAUUUUAACAUUUAAUUUACACUCUCAUGGGAUCGAUCUUAAAAUUUAUCGUAUAGUAGAAUAAGAACAUGAUAAAGUGCAAGGCCUUACAGGGGCCAAAAUAGCUAGAAUUAUAUAUCAUUAGAAUUUGUAUUUAUGUUUCUUGCACUGAUAUUGCACAAGUCUUAUGAUAAAGUGGAGUACAAAUUUAAAGUUGUUACAAAGCUUUGUUAUAGUUGUUACUGUUUUUGUGUCUGUGUUGUGAUGUGCUUAAGCAGAGGUGAGAAAAACAUUCCAUUAGAAUUUACAUUAAUACACUUUAUAUCUUUGUUGCAUUACUGAUUAGAUUCCAUAAAUCAACUUAAUUUUUUUUUUUUUACAAAAAAAAAUUGUCGAUAUAUUUCAAUGAUUUAAGUGGGUUAAUGGCUAAUAUAUGAAAUAUAUUGCUUGAUAUUUAUGACUUAAGAAUGUCCCUGAUGUGUUGACAACAAUUCUGGAUAUUACUGUGUUAUUAGCUGAUUUUGUUUAUCAUGUUUAAAUUGCUGAUGUUUUUGAAAGUAACAAUGUGAUUUUAUGAUUUUAGAAUAAUCAUUAAUAAAUUAUUUAAAAAGUU